GCCCAAUUCCCCCAAAAAGUAAACUUAACUUUCAACAACAUGAAUUUUCAGCAACAUGUCAGCAACAAGAUGCAUGUUGCUGAUACUAAUUGGGGGAGCUGCACAAAUAAAAUAAAAGGGUGGGAGGGGAGGACAGCAGAACCAAAAAAAAAAGAAGCUCUCGAUUCUUCUCCCAUCCAGAACCCCCUUUCUCCAUUUUCUCCGAUCAUCAGUUUUCACCCCUUCCAACUUCCAUCAUUGGUCACCAUUCUCAUCACUGGUUCCUCAUCAUCGAUCUGCUCGCCUUCGCCUAAUAACAGUUGCAAGUUGUCUCCUCCGUCUCACAGCAGCCGAAUAGCCCCUGGGUCUCUCCUUACCUCUGUCAAUUGCCAGCUUCCUUGGUCUCCUGUCAUCUUCGCUACUCAGGCCUCUAUUUUCGACAAGGUUGCUUUUCAGCCUGAUUCUUUCUCCUUCUAGGUAUACUCAAAGCAGGGGUUUUUGGGAAGGUAGUGAGAGAGAAGAACAGAGCCUGGUCUCGUGAGUGGGAUCCCUCCAAUCAAAUCUGGAUCUACCUUUCUCCAGAAAGUUCCGCCAUGUUUGUUGUCUUUUAAUGUUUUUCAGUGAAUGUGUGAUGGUCUAUAGUAAAUUGUAUGAAUUUUGCUGGAAAAUGAAUGAUAAUCAAGCAUGUUUGUUUUA